CUGCGAUGUAACUUUGAUGUGAUGUUAGAAAAAUUAAAAAAUUAGGUGUAUACCAUGAUUGUUUGUGUUUCGUAUUAUCUUAUGCAACAAUACAAUAAUAAUUGUUGUAUUUAAAAAUAAAAAUAUAAAAGAGAGUGAAACUAAAGAUGAUAACAACGCGCAAGCAUCUUUUUAAAUUAACAUAACCUAGCUUUUAUGAUUCGAUACAUCAUUUUGGUGUGCAUUUCUACUGGGACUAAUUAUACAAUUAGUCAGUAAUUAUAAAUUGAGUGAAAAUGAACAAUAUUUUUGAAAAGAUGCCUGAGAUUAUAACGAAAAAAAUUGGGGUUGAUUUCAGAUUUGAAUUGACGUUUGAAGUUCAAAAUGAAAACGAGAAAGUCAUUCUGGAGCUGAAGAGUGGCCUUGCAGUAAUUUGCGGAAGGGAUGAAAUGCUGAUUGAGAAAAAGUACGAGUUUCUUCCAGGAUCAAAAGUCAGCAUCUUUACUUGGAUGGUCUACGAAAUAGAAUUAACAAGCAAUUUAAAUUUUGAAUAUUUCCUGAAAGAAACUUUCAAGACAUUCUACCGACAAAUGAAAAAAAUAGAUUUAAACAAAAAAGGUCCGAUAACAAUGAUUGUUGCUCCUAGCAAGGCGAAAUCUUAUGAUUUUUUUAAAAGGCUUAUAAAUUCGGUAGUGGGGAAAGAGAGAAGGGAUGCAACAAUUAUGACAAUUGAUUUGGACGUGAGACUUAAUUUAUAUUUGAUGUCGGGAUCAGUGACAACUGGAAUUUUGAAUGAUUCAGAGGACACUGGUCAAAUAUUUAAAAAAUUCCGCGCUUAUCACUAUGGGCACCAUUCUCCUGAUAGCAAUCCGGAAUUGUACAAAUUAAUUGUCAAACAAUUGUCACAGAUAUUGGAUAAUCGAAUCAAAGCUGACAAAAAUGUUUAUUCUUCUGGGGCAAUUAUUAAUACUUGUCCAUGGAAUACGGAAAGUGAUUUCGAGUUUUAUAGAAAUGCUGUUUUGGUCUUUAAUGUAGAUCAGAUUUUUAUCCUGGACGAUCAGAAAUUAUAUGAUGAAUUGAGAUCUACUGUACCGGAUAAUGUAGAGAUGAUAAACUUGCCCAAAAGUUGGGGUCUCUUCGGCGAUCAAAAAUUGGAGAUAUUUGAAGCUCGUGACGUUAAUUUGCACAAUUUUUUCUAUGCGCCUGCAGUUUACAACGAAAUUUCCAACGUAGAAGUAAAAUUCAAAGAAGUGAAAAUUUACAAAAUUGUAUUUCCUACUCUAAAAAUGCCGUGCUUACUGGCAGGAUCAGUAAAAUUGAAGGAAAAAAUGGUUGUAGUUGACGAAGUUGUACCAGGACCAAAUUUAAAGAAUUCCUUAUUCACGAUUUCGCGGAAAAAAUACAUAAAAGGGAAAUUCAUGGCUACUAUUUCAUUCAGUGAUCUGGUGUGUGUAACUGACAUUGAUAUGGAGAAAAAAUGUUUUAAAUGCAUUUGUCGAAUGUCGUCACUAAAAGGAAGAAUUUUAUUUAUGAUGGACAUUAAAUAUGCUUCAAGGUUCAAUUAAAGAUAGUAAGAACUUUCUAUACUAUUUAUCUUAAAGACAUUGAAGCACCCUCCGAUUAGUUAUAAUCGAAUUGCAAACCUAAAUUGUGAGUUCACUUUAAUCAGAAAAAAUGUAUACAUAUUAGGGUACCUCCUGAAAUUCUAUUUUAAAAGAUUUUCUCAAAUAUAUUUAUUAUUAU